AUGGCCAACGGAGGACUAACGGUCGUCGACGGUAGCACACUGCGGGCCGACGAUCUCCGUCUCCCGCUCCCUGACGGCGCCGUUUCUGGCGCCCGUCUCCUCCAGCACGCCGAAUCCGAGGUCGCCGCUCGCCUCUUCGGCCUCUCCUUGCCGGAUCCCCUCCGAUCCGCUGCCUUCCGGCGGUUGGCCGGAGGCGACGCCCGAUCCUUCGAGGAGGAGAUCAUCGACGCCGACUCCGUGAAGCGGAAGGUCCGCGAGUAUCUCCUCGCACUCGCCGAUGAUCUAGCAGAUGAUCCUCUUGCUAUUUUGGUAUUGGAUGGAAGUGCUCUACGAGUUUUUCUAGACGAUGAAGAUGAUUUUGCUAUGUUGGCGGAGAAUCUUUUUACCGAUCUGGAUGUAGACGACAGAGGAAAACUCAGCAAAAAGAAGAUUCAAGAUGCUCUUGUUCUUAUGGGGGUGGAAAUGGGGGUUCCUACAUUUUCAGAACACAGUGAUCUUUUUAGUAACAUAUUAAGGAAACAUGGAGCAGAAGGAGAACAACAGCUGGGCCAGGCACAAUUCGCACAAUUACUUCAGCUCAUUCUGCAAGAUCUUGCAGACGGUUUGGCUGAAAAGCCUGUUGUAGUUAUCCAAAAUUUGAAGGUUGUUAAUGGCUCUAAGAUAAAAAAGUUGUUAGAACAUAAGGAGCUCCUCGAUGAUGAGAUGGAGAGCAUGUUUGGAGAUUGGAAUGCUCGCGGUCGUGGAGAGGGAAACAUGGAGCGAUUGCAGGGUCUCCUCAAGGCAAAAGGAUCCAGACUAGGCCUGCCUCCAGCUGAGUCUAACGAAGCAGUAGCGCUUCUCUACGACCAAAUCUUCUCAGAGAUCAAGGAAGAAGUGAUCGCCGGAGAAUUGACAAGAGAUGCAUUCCACAUUGUUGUUAGUGAUAUCAUGGAAAAGCUUGUAGAUCAACUCGAAGCAAACCCCAUCUUUACUGACAUGGGGAGUUGAGGCAUGUCGUGGUUCUCUCUUCAAUGUACCCCAUCUUUAAAUAUGAAGUCUCUCCCGAAUGAAUUUGUGGCUGGAGGUCAAUAUGUUGACCUAUUAUCACACACACGAAGAGUGCAGAUAACUACAAUGUUGAUUUCUCUUUUGUUUUAUAUGAUAUGAUCUAUCAUUAUGUAUGGAAAUGACAUUUAAGCAUCAUAGAAUUUGUACGACAGCUAUCCGAUAUGUAUACAACACAGAUGCCAUUUUUCUAUUA